AUGUUUAAAAAUAACCAUUUGCUUAACUUUAAACCAUUUAAAAUUCCUUAAAAUAAUGUUAUCUAUUACAUACCAAAUUUUUUCUAACCUCAAAGUUGAACCCGAGCUGUGAACUUUGAGUGUACAAAAAUAAUCCAAAUAUCAAUAAAACCCACUUAUAUAAUUACGGCCUGUUUUCGCAUUGAUAUCAUAUUCGAUUCAGCCUUCGUGGCAUUAAAUUUUGUUGGCAACGUUCUGUUCCACAUUUGGCGGCCUUGCGGGUCGAUCGUCGUGUCAAAAAGUUCCAUUUCGCCCUAACCAAAGCAGAUUUCAAGCAAACAGAACUUGCGACCAGAAAAAGAAGUCGUUUUUUAGGUUAUGCCGGAACGGUUGAACAUCGAUGGGCCCCUGUGGGACCAGAGCACCUUUGUGGGGCGCUUUAAGCAUUUCUUGUGGGUGACGGACCCGAGGACUUGCAUUGUAUCGGAGGAAGAGUUGGACAAAGCUAAGAUUCUCGUGGAGCAGUACAGGAAGCACAAGGAGCCCCCAGGAACCACUUUGGAGCAGGUUAUUUAUGCGAAGAAAUUGUACGAGAGUGCGUUCCAUCCAGACAGCGGUGAAAAACAAAAUGUGUUUGGAAGGAUGUCGUUCCAGGUGCCGGGGGGUAUGGCAAUCACGGGGGCGAUGCUUCAGUGGUAUCGUACACCAUUCGCGGUAGUCUUCUGGCAAUGGGUGAAUCAAUCUUUCAACGCUUUAGUAAACUACACGAAUCGCAACGCAAAAUCGCCAACAACCACUACACAACUCCUAGUCGCUUACGUUUCGGCGACCGGUUCAGCAAUGGCUACAGCUCUCGGCUGUAAAUAUUACUGGACCAAACGUGCUAGUCCUUUCGUUCAAAGAUAUGUGCCGUUUGCAGCCGUCGCAGCAGCGAAUUGUGUCAACAUCCCACUGAUGCGACAAAACGAACUCUUGUACGGAAUUGACUGUUCCGAUGAGAAUGGUAAUAUCGUGGCACAGUCGAAAUUCGCCGCCGCCAAAGGAAUCACUCAGGUUAUUAUUUCGAGGAUCACGAUGUGUGCACCGGGGAUGCUCAUCUUGCCUGUUAUUAUGGAAAGAUUGGAGAAGUAUAGGUGGAUGCAGAGAAUAACCGUUUUGCAUGGGCCGUUGCAAGUUCUGGCAGUUGGAUGUUUCCUAUCAUUCAUGGUCCCAACUGCCUGUGGUCUAUUUCCCCAAAGAUGCUCCAUCAAAGCUACAACAUUGGAAUGGUUGGAACCAGAAGAAUACGAAAAACUUAAGAAGAAAUGUGGAAACAACAUUCCUCCGCUACUCUACUUCAACAAAGGUCUCUAAAUAAUAUGGAAAAAGAAAGAAGACAAUAAUUAGUACAAGAAUAGUAAAUUCUUAUAGGUGUUAACACAGGUAUAGCUUUCAAGAAAAGUAUACGUACUUUUGAGUCAGGUCGAAAUCUCUUUAUUAAUUUUAAUUUGAAAACAAUUCAUGUGAUUAAUUAUAGACACAGUAAUAUGAUUUUAUUUCUUUUAAGGUAAUAAUUUAAGCAAUAAUUUAUUGACUAUUGUGGAUUUUAUUGUUGAAAUUGUGUUGUUUAACAAAAAAAAUUUUGAAAUAAGUAUAAAGCAAUUUUAAUUUAUUUGUAGUAUAGAAUAUUAUAAUGAUGUGUAUAAAAAGGACAAUAAUAACACAAAAACCUCGAAAUGGCAGUCACAAUAACAAUAUAUACACUUUAACACUAUACAAUAAAAUUUUUAACAUUAACAAAUGCCUGCACACCGUAUUAAAUAAACAUUUGAGAACGAA